GUGUUUUCUGUGGAGUUUUUAAUUCAUGACGUUUUGUUAUUUCGGAUUUACAUGUGUGAUCAAAUGUUUACCUGCCAGAGCUAUAUAUGUAAAUGCCAGUAUUAUAUGGAGAAACUUUGAGGUAGCAGGGCAAUAGUGUAGUGUCCCUUUAAGAGAGGAGUGUGCUGUGAGGUCACGUGACCAGUGUUUACUGAGUGAAAAGGAAGCGCGAUUCACUUAGUUGGUAACGACUUCCAACCCGGUGUGCAGCCACUUGGCGGGCCCAAUGGGUAGCAGACCCCGGGGCAGACCCAGAACACACUGGAGGGAUUAGAUGCCUCGGGAUCCUUCAGAAGGAGCUGGAAAAUGAUGCGGGUCAGAAGAAGGUCUUGGCCCGCCUGCUGGGCUUGCUGCCACCGCGACCCGAUCCCAGGGGCAGGCGGUCCUCUCCUGAACACGUGUUAUCAAAUUCCUGCACCACCUCCAGUCCAACAAUCACCACCACCGUACAACCCCGAUCCUACGGUUGGCAGACCUGUAACACGCAGUCAAACCCGGCUGGGAGACCAGGGAGGUGCAGACGUCAAAUCAUGCUCAACCCUCAACCCAUUCAGACCUGACCCCACAGCUCAGUCCACCCCGACUCUGCGUGGUCAAUCCACGACCCAUCCCCCUGGAGGGGCACAGCCAGCAGAAUUGUGGAUUUUCUUAGUCCUAACACCACCAUGGACAGUAAACUGGAUGGGUCUUAUAUUCAAGCCCCCAUGUUUCAAGUUCCAGGGCCACAGGAUGGACUACCUGCCUCCCAUCUGCCCACCAUAGAAAAUGGCGUGGCUUUUGGAAAAGAGUUCCUGACGUUAUGCAAAGACAUAACAGCCAUCUGUGCUGCUGUGGUUGCGGCCUUCCCAGUCAACAUGGCACUCAUCAACAGCACGAAACAAGGUAAAGCCGAAGAUGUAACGUCUUACUAUCAGCGUCUUGUGGCUGCCUUUCAGAUUCACAGCGGCCUCGAGGAGCCCACAGACAUAACCAACAUGACUGUGUGGGAAACUCAUCUCAAGAACGCCUUCAUGAACGGGCUUCUGCCAGACGUCAAAACUGCCACUGAACGCUCUGUCGUGGGUCUGGAAGAUGCAAGGCUCACAGAAGUGGUAAAACAUGCACGACACAACUAUAAAAUGCAUGUGGAAAAUCAAAUGUGUCGAGACAAACGCAGCAAGCAGACUGGGGAGAAAGUCACGCUUGCGAUGCUCCAAGCUGUAAAACAGUUGACACUGGGUGCAGAAGGAGGACGAGACCCCCACCCAUCCGGAAAAUCUUAUGGGAGGGACCAACAGAGAGGACGAGCGUAUGGAAUAAAUCAUGGGAGAAGAGGGCGUUUUCAAGGAGGGGCCCCACGAGAAGGGCAACCCGAUGAAUGCUUCCUCUGUGGCAAAACAGGACAUUGGUACAAAGACUGCCCCUACCGUUCAAACCAGGUACGUCAGCCACAUGGACGACAGCGCCACUCCGGGACUGACAGAGGGGGUCAACAAUUCGGCACUUCAGACUGACGGUGUGUGUGGGAUGGAGAUUGCACGUGUGAAGGGAUGACUACUGCUGCCUCUCCAAAACAGGGAAGUGAAACACACCACACACAAACACAAUGCUGCAACGAAGACCUGCUUCCUCGCACGCACACCCACAUACACAUGCACACACA